CGUGUGAAAUUUGUUUGGCAGUUCCAAAUGAAAUUAAACAAUACAUUUUUUGAAAGUUAUAAAAAAUCAAUGUAAAAGUCAAGACAAUAUCGAAGACCUAAUCACAACAGUUACAUCUCAUCUACACUCAAACAACAUUCGGUGUCUUGAUUCCAGCCAUGGGAGAUAACAAAACCAACGAAACGGAAAAGGAAAAACUAAGCGACCAACAAAGCGAGUCCGGCAGCUCGCUGAAGCCGCUGCGUUCGGUGAGGCCGUCGGAGAACAUCGCCAUCUUGGACGAGCCGUCCCCGCCCAGCGAGGAGAAGGUGCAGAGGGUGCAAGAGCAGGUGCUCGAGCCCGCGGAUUCGGAGGCCAAAGUGGAGACCGUCUUCGAGAAGCCCCUGGAGUUGGUGCAGGAGACCAAGUCGGAAGUGGACCGGCUAGAGGCGGAUAUCAAAGUAGAGCCACCGUCCGACGACGUCAAAACCUCCGAAGAAGUUCCAAAAGACAAACCCCUGCCCACCAACCUAGAGAAGAAGUGCAGGUUGGGGUCCGCGACCAGCGGCCUAAUCCAGAGCGAACGCAUCAUCAGGAAUCAGAGCGACAUCUUCUCCUUGAAGGAACAGACCAGCAUCGCCUCCGCCAUCUUCUCAGUCAACGGAUCGCCCUCGAGGAAGGUGUUCAGACGGAGGGAGACGGCCGCGAGCAACGUGUUUCCCUUCGGCCAGGCGGCUAAUGGGGAACCGCCCCUGGAGAAGGUGACGGCGGCCAGGGAGAGGGUGAAAGAUGCGAAGGAGACUUACAACGAGUUGACCAGGCCUUCCGGCAGCGCCAGGAACCCCCUCACUGGCACGGGGCUCACGUCUAACGACGAGUACAAGUUUAAAGGGUCGAAAAGAAAAGAUGGUAAUCCUUUGCUAGGUGUAGGAUAUAGCCCCGAGGCGACGCCGUCCACGCACAGGAUUCCACCGGGUGGAUUUUCUCACAAGCUUUGGUGACCAAACACGUAAAAAGGCGGCCAGAAAUUCUUAGUACGGCAACAUAAAUUUUGUCCAAUUUCCUAUGUAGAAGUCAAAAAAUACAA